UUUACUUGCUGACAUAACUUUGUGGGUAAAGUCUUGUCCACUUUUAGAAAGGCCCAACUCACUGUUACUCAGGGAUAAUCUAGACGGUUGAUCAAAGUCCACACACUACAGCACGAUGUCGGGACUAGUCCGCAGACUGGGGAAGGUGGGUGUGGACACCUCAGCUCUGUUCCUGUGUGACAUGCAGGAGAAGUUCCGACCCAACAUCAGAUACUUCCCGCAGAUAGUACAUGUGGCGUCAAGGAUGCUCAAGGCAGCCCAGAUCCUGGAGAUGCCUGUAGUAGUGACAGAGCAGUACCCCAAGGGUCUGGGCCCAACAGUGGCGGAACUGGGCGACAUCAGCGGGGCCAAGAAGGUGUCCAAGACCUGCUUCACCAUGUGUGUUCCCGAUGUCAUGGAACACAUCAGGCAGUCUGCUGGGGUGAAGUCUGUUAUCCUGUGUGGCAUCGAGACACAGGCCUGCAUACAGAGAACUGCACUAGAUCUGCUGGAGCAAGACUUUGACGUGCACGUCAUCGCAGACGCGGUGUCGUCUCGCUCCAUGGUGGACCGCAUGUACGCCAUUGAGCGACUGCGACAGAGCGGAGCCUUCAUCACCACCAGUGAAGGGAUGCUGUUGCAGUUGCUCGGAGAUGCUGCUCAUCCCAAGUUCAGGGAGGUUCAAAAAGUUAUCAUGGAGUCUGCACCAGACACGGGCCUUCUCAGCCUCAAGUCAGAAUAGUCCUGAACAUGGCUGCUGGAAAAUGUGAUCCUGUGUGAACCCUCCUUGUUCGCAGCUGUGAUUGGAUGAAAUACUGCCAUUCAAAUCAGAGUAUGCAAAUUAUAUGUAGCUGUAGAAGCUAGAACAAUGUUGAAUUAUGGGUUGAUAAUGAAAAUAAUAUUAAGAUUUUGAUGUAAAUUCUUCCUUGUUUCAAUGUCCUUCCAAUCUUCUAAAAUUGUAAGAGCCUGUAGAUCCUACACACCCACAGGAUAGGGUUGGUACAACAAAGGUAACAAAUAUACUAUCUACAAUGACUUUGUGAAGCAGUGAAUACACACCAUCUGCAUUAAAACAUUUUUAUUACUAAAAAAAAAAAACAGUGAUUCUCAUUGCUCACUUCCAUGCCCUGUAGGUCAUAAGCGACUUACAAGCAUCAGGCAACAGCAGUAAAUAUCAAGCAAACAUAAGGUCUCAUUCAUACCAGUAGAUAAUCAUGGAUCUCAACAUUUCAUAAAUGCAGACAUUCUUCAUGACUUUAACACAGGAUAUAUCGUGAUAGUUAUUGCAAGUGACGGAAUCUUCUGCCUUUCAUGGUCCUUCACUUCAGUGUAGCCUGUUUCGGAGGGCAUGAAAAAUAAAAAUAUGUAUAUCAACUGCCAUAUUCUUACCGGUGCGCAUGUCACAGUACUAGGCAGUUUGUUGGGAAGUUACAGAUGACAUCUUCAUCAGCUAGUCUAGCAACUGUCUACUUUUCCUCCAAAGCCUUCCUUGUAUCUAAGUGCACUCAAGGAACUAUCUUCAUGAAUGAACUACCAAAAUCAUCAGAACAUAAACUAAAGAAUCAUCAUCAUGGUGAUCAAACACACAUAAAUAUAAUGCCGUGGCUCAGGAGUUCGAGCAACACAAGUUGCAUGGAAUCCACAUGUAAUAUAGGGGUGUGAUAAACUAGUGGUUUUUGAAUGAAUCUCCCUUAAAACAGUGAGAUUUUACCAAGAAUGGCAAUCAUUUUUGACGUGGAUACUAGUAUUCUAAUGAAAGGGUCUUUCCUUCUUUCAAAAAACGUCUGGCAUUGUCUGACAUGUUUAGCCUAGCAGCAUUUUCUGCAAAAGCCAUUUGAAGGAAAAUACAACAGAACACAUACAGUGUACAUCAUGUACAUCCACCAGACUUGAAAAGUGUGUUGACAAUUGUUUAGGACAGGCGUGAAUGCUAUAAUUAUCAAAGGAAAUACAUAACAUAUGCUGGCAGAUUGAUUUAAUUACAUACCAAUCAUCAUCAUUCUGAAUAAAGCUUGAUUACUUUUACUUAGAACAGGUGUAACAUGAUAAAUCAUAAAUGCAUAGUACUAGGAGUGAGUUCUAUAUUCGUACACAGGCUGAACAAGUCUUGCUGUAGCAUCCACAUAAUU